AUGUCAUCAAUCUUCAAAAUCGUACUUACAAACUCGGUGGCCAAGGUAAUUGAUCUCACCCUGUGCGUGCCUAUUCCUCAGCUCCUCCAUGAUUUUAGUGAUCUGUCCCUUCCUCACAUUGAUCCCUGCAUUGAUCUCACCCUGUGCGUGUCUAUUCCUCAGCUCAGUCACAAUGGUAAUCGGUCUCAAACCUGCAUUCUCAUUCACUGUAUAUGGAAUAACCUCAAGAGCUCAGCAAAUGCCUUGUACCCUUCCAUCCCCUGCAGCACCUUAGACCAUGCACCCAACUGCCUUGAGAGCUCAAUCUCAGGCGCACCACCGCCUGCAAUUAGAAACCUCUUGUUCACCAAACACCUCACCACACAGUGCAUCAUGCAAACUUCUCUCGGCCUCAUCAAGAACCAUCUGGUUCGAUCCACGGACGAGAACACUAGUAGUUCUCCCCAUAUCCUUAAUCCCAGUGAUCUUGACAAUCUAUCCACCAUCCACAAGCGACACCUCCUCUAUCAAAUUUGCAUACCCCAACUUUUCAGUACAGAAAUGCUCAAUGUCAUUUCAAAGGAUUUGUUUGGGGUUCUGAAAGAAGAACGUGGAGCAAAUUUGACAUCUUUUAUAUCAGAAAAGAUUACCAUUGUACCCGGCGACAUUACUUGUGAAACAUUGGGAAUUAAUGACUUGAAUCUGUCACUCGAAAUUUCCACUGAGGUAGAUGUUGUGAUUAAUCUAGCUGCAACCACUAACUUUGAUGAAAGAUAUGAUGUUGCACUGGGAAUCAAUACUCUUGGACCUUUGCAUGUUUUGAACUUUGCUAAAACAUGUGGUAAAUUGAAGGUGCUUCUUCACGUAUCAACUGCUUAUGUGUGUGGUGAAAAGGAGGGAGUCAUACUUGAGAAACCCUUCAACCUGGGUGACACUCUCAAUGGAACAUCUGGACUGGACAUAAAUGCUGAGAAACAAGUAAUUGAGGAAAAACUGAAAGAACUCAAUGAUGAGAAUGUUUCUGCGAAAUCGAUUACAUCAGCCAUGAAGGAUUUGGGAAUUCAAAGGAUCAUGAGUGCAUUAAGGGACAAUGAAGCAUACGAGGAAGAGCUUCUCGACUACGAGGAAGAAGACGAGCAAGACCCCAACUCCAGUAAUGGCAGAGCCACCGGGGGCUACGUUCGACUUCACAGUUCGGGGUUCAGAGACUUCCUGUUAAAGCCGGAGCUGCUUCAAGCCAUUGUGGAAUUGGGUUUUGAACAUCCAUCUGAAGGCAAAGCCAUUCUUCUAAUCUUUCCCUAA